UUUGAUAGAACUAAAUAGGGGCCAUUUCGUCACAUUUUGCUCAAAUUUUCCAAAUUGUUCUUCAGAUUUCUUUUUAUUAUCCUGUCUCUGUAAAGUUGUUACCUUUUUCUUUUCGCAAACCCACUUUUUUUGCUUAAACUUUUUUAUUGAGGUGGGGUCCUUUUGAUUAUUUUGGACUUAGUUCACUUCAUUCUGAUUUUUGAUUCUGCAUCUUGAAAAACUUUUCAUAUCACAGUCAGAUAAAGAAAGAAGAAAUGUCGGGUGGAGGAGCACCGAAGGUAGUUGAACCAGCGCCACACCCACCAAAGGAUCAGCUUCCCGAUGUUUCCUUCUGCAUUACCAGUCCUCCUCCAUGGCCUGAGGCCAUUCUUCUUGGAUUUCAACAUUAUUUGGUGAUGCUUGGCACAACUGUCAUCAUACCGACUGUCCUGGUCCCUCAAAUGGGGGGAGGAAAUGAGGAGAAAGCAAAAGUCAUUCAGACUCUGCUAUUCGUUGCUGGAUUGAACACCCUGUUGCAGACAUCGUUUGGAACCAGAUUACCUGCUGUAAUUGGAGGGUCGUACACCUUCGUUGCACCCACAAUUUCAAUUAUCCUGUCUGGUCGAUGGAGUGACCCGGACCCUGAAUCGAGAUUCAAGAAGAUAAUGCGGGCCACUCAGGGUGCACUUAUUGUUGCCUCAACUAUUCAGAUAGUCCUAGGUUUCAGCGGGCUUUGGCGUAACGUUGCAAGGUUUCUGAGUCCACUUUCAGUUGUUCCUUUGGCUUCUCUUGCUGGGUUUGGGCUCUAUGAGUUUGGUUUCCCUGGGGUUGCCAAAUGUGUUGAAAUUGGAUUGCCACAGCUCAUCAUUUUAAUUCUCUUUUCUCAGUAUUUGGUACACCUGAUACCGCCAGGAAAGAAUAUUUUUGGUCGUUUCGCUGUUAUAUUCUCUGUGGCAAUAGUAUGGCUUUAUGCCUUUUUGCUUACUGUGGGUGGGGCCUACAAUGGGAAGUCACCGAGGACCCAAACUAGCUGCAGAACAGAUCGUUCUGGACUUGUUGGUGCUGCUCCAUGGAUAAGAGUUCCAUACCCCUUCCAAUGGGGAGCACCUUCAUUUGAUGCUGGUGAAGCCUUUGCAAUGAUGACGGCUGCAUUUGUUGCUCUCGUAGAGUCCACAGGUGCCUUUUUUGCUGUCCAAAGAUAUGCCAGUGCAACCCAUAUGCCAGCAUCUGUUCUCAGCCGUGGUGUAGGCUGGCAGGGUGUUGCCAUCUUAUUGUCUGGGCUGUUUGGAACCGGGAAUGGAUCGUCAGUUUCCAUUGAGAAUGCUGGCCUAUUAGCAAUGACCCGUGUUGGUAGUCGAAGAGUUGUGCAGAUAUCUGCUGGAUUCAUGAUUUUCUUUUCCAUUCUCGGAAAAUUUGGAGCAGUCUUUGCCUCCAUCCCAGCACCUAUUGUGGCUGCUUUGUAUUGCCUCUUCUUUGCCUAUGUUGGUGCGGCAGGUUUAAGUUUUCUUCAGUUCUGCGACCUUAAUAGUUUCAGAACGAAAUUCAUACUUGGGUUUUCCAUUUUUAUGGGCUUGUCUGUGCCUCAGUACUUCAACGAGUACACUGCUAUUCGAGGCUUUGGUCCUGUCCACACAUCAGGGAGAUGGUUCAACGACAUAGUUAAUGUCCCUUUCUCGUCUGAAGCUUUUGUGGCUGGUAUAGUGGCUUACUUUCUGGACAACACCCUGCACAAGAAGGGUCCCCAGACAAGGAAAGACCGAGGUAAACAGUGGUGGGAUAAAUUUCGUUCUUUCAAGACUGACCCUAGAAGCGACGAAUUCUAUUCUCUUCCCUUCAAACUCAACAAAUAUUUCCCGUCCAUGUAAAUAUUGGGAGAAUGGAUUUCCAUGGAUUUUGCUCGUGUAGUUCUUAAACUAAAUGUGUGCCAAGAGACUAUUGACAGGGAAAAAGACAUGUAUGAUAGCCUGACCUUUUGAAGGAUAUGCAUAGAAUGUGUUGGUAUUGGCAUCUUGUGCUGCAAAUUAUUCAGUUGUAUACAAGAACUUGUGACAAGUGUGCUGCUUUAAAUUCUCAGAUUACAACCUCAUUGAAUAUGUCAUGUUUCGUGUCAUCGCAUUGAUCUCGAUUUUAUGA